GAGAAGAGAGGCUGACAGAGAGGAGAGUGAGCAAGAAGAGAGAGAAUUAGAGAGAGGGAGCCAACAAGAGUACGAGAGGGAGAGUGAGAAUAUAAGAGAGAGAGAGAAUAGGAGGGAGGGAGAGAGUGAGUGCCUGGAACACAAUUUCACACACAUUCACACACACAGGGAGACGGUUCUCUGCUGCAGCUCCCUGCUGGAUUUAGUGGAUUCACAACCUCUUCCCUUUCACUUGUGGUUGGGUCACUUCACAGGAGAGCGAGCCAACGUGCCCUAGGGGGCCCGGGGAAUGGAGGACAGUAUGUGACCGGUGCCUAACUCGCCGCUCCGCUUCACUGUCGGCAACAUGCAUCACCUUCACCGGAUGAUGGCUUUGUGCUUAUGGUGCUCUCUCCUCGCCAUUCUUCUCCACACGACGGUGUUUGCGGAUGAAGAGGCGGAUCUUACGAAGCCGACAGGGCCGCCUGCCAGUAAGGGAUGGUCCAGUUGGCUAGGCUCGUACAUGCCAAAGCAGCCCAGCUUGUCCAGGAUCCCAUCACUCCCGGCGGCGCCGUCGUUUCCGUUUUCUUCGCUCAACCCGUUUGGAGGGAAGUCACAGACUAAGAGUGCAGGGCCCCAAAGAACCACACCAACAGAGGGACCAACAGAGGAACUGUCAAAGGGACUGAUAGAGAGACCGACAGAGGGACCAACAGAGGGACCAACAGAGGAACUGUCAAAGGGACUGAUAGAGAGACCGACAGAGGGACCAACAGAGGGACCAACAGAGGGACCAACAGAGAGACAAACGGAGGGACGAACGGAGCCUGAGAAUUCACCGGGACAUUCAGGGUCUGUGGAGGAGAGUAUUAAUAAAAGCCCUCAGUCCUCCACCAUCACCUCUUGGACUGAAGGUCACCCGAGCUCCACUGAGAUAAGAACCGUAACAAACCCACAGACAGUCACUCCUAACAAGAACACACAACCAAACAUCCAAGAUAUCUUAGAUUCUAUAACCGCUGUCUUAGAUUCCAUAUCCUCUAUUUAUAUGUCACAGGGGGUUGAUAUAUCCUCCGAUAGUCUCACCAGCACGAACAUACUGCCACAGACAAUAACACACGCAUACCUGUCAACAGAAACGUCCCAAAUGCCAAAGCACAGUUGGAGUGUCACCAAAAAAUCUUUCCCCAAGGAAACGACGAUCCAAGAUGAACUAGUUCCCCAGGGUGACCCUCUCACAGCCUCUGUCCCACACCUAACGUCCCCAGAAACCACAGUCCCCACAACCCUGGUCACAACUCCACCAAGGAUCACCGUCAACCUAACACAGGUAGAGACCACACUGACCAGACAACCCUUUGACUCUGGCACCCCACCCACGUCUCCACAAACCAGGGUCACCACAAGACGUCUGGCCUCGACCGUAAGCACCGACAUUGGAACUAAAGAGGCCCUGGUCACCGAAACUCAUUCCAGUCAGAGUUCACCAGACCUGGGUGUUUCCGAGGCCAAAGCAGGGCCUGUGGAGGAACGACUGGGAGCAAACACCACCACCAGGACAGACGAUAGAACACUAAGGGUUAACUCACCAACACCCGGAGAAUCCUGCAGCGACAAAACAAGUGAACCUCCUACGUCGCCAAACACCCCCAGCGGAGACUCAAAUGUGAAAAGAGUGCAGGACACUCGGUACUAUAAUACAUGA